CCAAGAGCUGCAAUGAGGAUGAGAUUGAACAUGGUCAACAUGCAGUUACUGCUUCUUGUUUUCUUCAUGUGGGACCCAAUCAGGUUGGUGCUGGCUAACAUCCAAGAAGAUGGGCCAGAAAACAACAUCACCAUUUUUACAAGAAUUCUAGACAGACUCCUGGAUGGUUAUGAUAAUCGGCUCAGACCAGGACUCGGAGACAGUAUUACUGAAGUCUUCACUAACAUCUAUGUGACCAGUUUUGGCCCUGUCUCAGACACAGAUAUGGAGUAUACCAUAGAUGUGUUCUUUCGACAAAAGUGGAAAGAUGAAAGGUUAAAAUUUAAAGGUCCUAUGAAUAUCCUCCGACUUAACAAUUUAAUGGCUAGCAAAAUCUGGACUCCAGACACUUUCUUUCACAAUGGCAAAAAAUCGGUAGCUCAUAACAUGACAAUGCCCAAUAAACUUCUUAGAAUCCAGGACGAUGGGACACUGCUCUACACAAUGAGGCUUACAGUUCAAGCUGAAUGUCCAAUGCAUUUGGAGGAUUUUCCAAUGGAUGCUCAUUCAUGCCCUCUGAAAUUUGGCAGCUAUGCAUAUACAACCUCAGAGGUCACUUAUAUUUGGACUUACAAUGCAUCUGAUUCAGUACAAGUUGCUCCUGAUGGCUCCAGGUUAAACCAGUAUGACCUCUUGGGCCAAUCAAUUGGGAAGGAGACAAUUAAAUCCAGUACAGGUGAAUAUACCGUAAUGACAGCUCAUUUCCACUUGAAAAGAAAAAUUGGGUAUUUUGUGAUUCAAACGUAUCUGCCUUGCAUCAUGACUGUCAUUCUCUCCCAAGUGUCAUUCUGGCUUAACAGAGAAUCUGUGCCUGCAAGGACAGUAUUUGGUGUAACAACUGUUCUAACAAUGACGACUUUAAGCAUCAGUGCUCGGAAUUCUCUCCCCAAAGUGGCUUAUGCUACUGCCAUGGACUGGUUUAUUGCUGUUUGCUAUGCGUUUGUGUUCUCUGCCCUAAUUGAAUUUGCAACUGUUAAUUACUUCACGAAAAGAGGAUGGGCUUGGGAUGGGAAGAGUGUAGUAAAUGACAAGUCCCCUUCAAUAAAAACUGAAGGCAUUACAUUAACACACAACUCAGUGAAGGCAAUUCUUCAAGGAUCUAAGCUAACAUGGUCCAAAUAUAUAGCUUUCUCAUGGCCCAAUUUAAUCCAAGGAAAGACUUUAGAGUACUUAGAGAAGUGGAUGGACUGUAUAACCUUCCAAGGAUUUUCUAAAAAGGAGAAAGCCUCCGUCAUGAUACAGAACAAUGCCUACGCGGUGGCUGUGGCCAAUUACGCCCCCAACCUUUCCAAAGACCCCGUUCUCUCCACCAUCUCCAAGAGUGCAGCCACGCCGGAGCCCAACAAGAAGCCGGAAAACAAGCCCGCCGAAGCCAAGAAAACCUUCAACAGUGUCAGCAAAAUCGACAGAAUGUCCAGAAUAGUCUUCCCCGUUUUGUUUGGUACAUUUAAUUUGGUUUACUGGGCCACCUAUUUAAACAGGGAGCCUGUCUUAGGGGUCAGUCCUUGAAGGUAGGACUGACCCCUAAAACAGGGGAUGGUUAACUUUGGGGAUGCGUGGCACCAUUCAGCUCGGUUUGUUUUGCUCUGUACAGUCUGACUAAUAACUGCUAAUGGGUGAACCGACAUGUACAGUAUAUAUAUAGUGAUAUAGCUUAACAGUACACCUUUAAAGGAGACACGGAUUUGCUUAUGCGUGGAACUGUAGACAAAAAAGUAUCUCCUGCCCAAAUUAUGAUUUACCCUUGGAAAUGGCUUAAGGUGGAUUUCAGACAACCUGAUUGAUUUCCUCUUAUAACAGCCAUGAAACUGGAGACCCUCUGCCACAUUUGAUGAACUUUUUUUUUUUUUUUUUUUUUUACUUGGGUCUUAUACAGGAGUGUUUUUCUACCGUUGCCUAACUGUAAUAUAAGAUAGCAUUGUAAUUCCAGGAUCAGUUCUCCUAAAUAACAGAACCUCAUGUCAGCAACUUCAGUCUCUUCCUGGGUGGUCAUAAUCCCUCCUAGCAUAAUUGGAAGCUUAGUCCACAUUAGAAGGAACCCUAGACAUUUGACAUCAGCUUUUAAUUACUCUCCAUAGUAUGUAUAGCCAUGUACAUAGUAUUGCAUGACAAGCCCAAAUAAUUACGAGUAGCACCUAUCUGGAUGUCAGUCAUGCCUAGAAUUUAGUGAUGAUCAGAAUGCCAUGGUCAUUACAUUUUUAGCAUCAGAGUUUAUUUGAAAGUAAUAAUUGAAAUCCUCGUGCUCAUUCUAAUCAAUGGAAUCCAUCUUAAAUUGUUUGAACCAAGUAAAAGGAAAUGUGUCUUACCCUUUUCAGGUAUGUGUUGUAUUGGAAUUGAUCAGCUCAAUUUUCUUGGUGCUGGAGACUGGAAAAAAGCACCCAGUUUGGCUGCUGUGGGAGCAACUUACAUUUCGUAGUAGGAAAUUGUGCCAAAAACUCCCACCACUGAGAACUCAUAGGUGUCACAGAAUAUAGAUAUGUAGGUGCACACUUACAUGAUUCUCUUCUUUCCUGUUUACUGCAAAUCCUGCCUUAAGGCUUCUUUUCAUCAGGAUUCCGAAGCCACCAAUUACAAUGGAAAGGGCAGUGAGUUGGCACAUUUUUCUGUCUCAAAAGCGGCACUUUCAGAUAAGAAUGAACGCAAAUCUGCUUUUGUAAAUUGCAGCUCUAAAUUUCACCAACUCAAAUUUACAACAGCUUUGUAUACCGGGAGAGGUUUUGGUAAGAGUUGAACAUUUUUAAACUGCAACUUCAAAGCAUCACCAAAAUUGCAAAUUAAUUCAUGUGCACAAACAUCACACACACACGCGCACACACACACACACACACACACACACACACAAUUAGCUAACUUAGAACACGUACAAAGACAAGUAACUAAAUUAAAAACUAAAAUUUUCUACUUUAUAUAAUUCUUUAUGGAUGAAUUUUAUUUUUCUUCUAAUAUUUAAAAAUUGCUCUUUAUGCCCCUCAAAAAUGUUAAUAGAAUGUAACAAUUGUGUCUUAUGCCUGGAUUCAAUGUUUUUGGGAAAACUUAAAAUCCUUUUGAUUCACAUAAACAUUAGCAGUUAUUAGUUGACUUUUACUAGUAGAUAUGAUGGUGUUUUUGUAGCAACAUCAGUAGUCAAAUAGUGGCAUUUCUUGCAAUUUUGUACAGUGUUUCAGAAUAGUGCAUAAAUAGGUACAUUCAUAAAAUCAAUAAAAAUGAUUAUCUUAUGGAAGUAAGCAAAGUCACAAAAAUGGCUAUUCCUUUGCCUAGUCUAAAAUGUUUAUUUUCUUUGUUUUAGUGUGAUUCUUCUUAUGUGCUUUGCAUGGUUAACUUAUUACCAAGGUCACAAAUAAAUCUUUUUAACAGAAUUCACCCUGAAGACAGCCUUGCCAGUAAAAAUUUAUUCACAAAAAAGUAAUCUAUCAUCUAUCAUAAUAAAAGCAUAAUAUGCUAAUUAGACUGGAUAUCCUUCCGGACAACCUUCUGGACGAAGCCAGGGCAGCAAGGGAAGCUGGGGCCCCAAGUGCCAGAGGGGGAAAGCUGAUGCUGGCAGCCGGGGGAAGGAAGACCUAUUCUUGCACGAAUUUCAUGCAUUGGGCCUCUAGUUCUUAAUAAAAGAAAAUUAUUAUAGGAGUCAAUAAAUGUAUUCUUUAAUCCCAUUUCAGUAACACCCUAUUUUUUUUUAAUCUAAGUAGUUUUAAAAUGUGCACUUUGCGUAUACAUUGAAAUGGAAGAUAUCCUAUUCCACAUUUAAAUAUAGCAUAACUCUUCUGUGUAGUUUAGGGAAGUGUGCAAUAGUGUCCAAGAAUGUCCACAGUGUUGAAAGCAAGCAAUAAAAAUGCUUUGUUUGAUAUGCCAUUAUUAGACACCUUAAAAAAUAUUGCCCUUAUAAGUUCUGCAUUGAUCCUUUAAUGUCUGACUAUAGAUCAUACAUUUAAAAAUAUGUAGAUAUGUAAAUAGCAGUUUCUGCAGGACAAAAGAAAAGACUCGUCUACACCUUCAGCAAAGGAUUGAGCAUACAUUUGAUGGCACCCCUUUCAUUAAAAUUAAUUGUAGAUUGACUGGAAAAGUUAUAAUGAUUGUUAUUUGAUUUUUAGUUUUAAUUGUUAAAAUCUUCUUUGAGCCUGAUGUCAUACUGGCAGUUUAAAUUUUAUGCUCAGGAUUUCCUAUUAUUUCUCUAACUUCAGUGAAUGUUUCAAAAUUUCAUAAUCUUUCAAAGUUCAGAUAAACAAAAAAGGGCCUUUGAUCCUGCUGGAGAGAAGAAGGUUGCUCCAUGGAAAAAGGAUUUUGAAUUGUAAAACCAUAGUCUUCACAGUUAUUCUCUCUUCCAUAAAUCACUUUAAAAUACAAAUUAGAAGUGACUUGUUAAAAUGAUUUUUUUGGGGGGAAACAUUUUUAAUAUACUAUAUGUUCUCUUUGGCUCAUAGUAUGCUUAUUUUAUGUAGUUGUACGUUUAUGUAAAGGGUUAUAGAGUGUACAAAAUGUAGACAAAUACAUGUAUGUGUAUAGAAAUAAAAUCUCAUUUUUGUAUA